AUGUCAAUGCAAUCAUCGUUAUCAAUUUCUGAAUUCAACAUCGACAGGUUAAGCUUCGGCGUCCCGUUGGAGACGAAUUUUCAAGAUGCAUCAGGACUACAUCCUAUAUUUCAGCACGUCUUCAAAAUAUGCUACCUUAGAUUGAAGGGAUGUGGAUACUCCGUUGAAAAUGCAAUAAAGUUUUUUCAAGGUACUCUACAGGAACGCCUGGCGUUAAAGGAAAGUAUUGCGUUUGGAAAAGACCUCACAUAUAUUAAAUGUUCACCUGGCGCACUAUUGUGGGUGAUACGGCAUUUUAUUGGAUUGCUUCCGGUGGAACUUCUACCGAAACGAAUCGGUAAUGUAAAAUAUAACUGGAUGAGGCUCUCCAAACCAUGCGCCAAGUAUUUAAGCGAGUAUUUUGCACUAAAUGUUGGUGUCGAUGAUAAGGAAUUAUUCUAUAAACUAACAAACGAGCUAUUGCGUCUCCCACCCUGUAAUUUCUUGCUAAUUAUAACAUUAAUUAACUUUUUAAAUUUGCUGACUCUGUUAUCAGGAGGUGAACAGACACUUUUGGUAUUAGUUAAAUAUUACACAGCAAGUAUAUUUGUUAGACCUUUUCGUCCUGGAAGUGUUAUACAGAGUGAAACCAGUUACUAUCCAUUGUUGGGGUACAUCAUAGUCAAGUGGCCCGAAAUUCAAAAGAUUGUUUUUGAAACCAGUAAUUAUUCUGGGGAACUGUUUCAGUGUACAAAAUGGAGUGGUAUUAAUAAUGAUCCAAAGGGACAUAAAGAUCAAGCUAUCCAAACAUCGCGAUCGUUACCAUGCGCACAUUACAAGAAUUCUAAGAAAAACACUAAUCAGGUCUCCUCUAACCUCAAAGAUAAUUGGAGUCAAACUGAGGCACUGGAUAAAUGUAUACAAGUAGUCGAACCGAUAACAUGUUGCUGUUGUUCAUGGAGAUUUCAUGGUUUAAUCAACAAUUAUGCGCAAGCAGAUACAAACGAUCCACUAAAAGAUAAACAUGAGUGUCUUGAUUUAAAAACAGAUACUUUCAACAAAACUGAAUUGUUAAAACCCUUUACAGAAUUAACAAAAAACAGAGAUACAGAGAUUAUCAGGGAGCAGUGUGAUAUUCACCAUCAACUUAGAGAAAAUCUAACAAGAGAGCUAAAAAUAAAAUUUGCUCUGAAGAAGAAUCACUUAGAAGAUAAUCACAACGAGAAUACCUAUACAAGAAAAGAGGAACCGGAACGAGAAAACCAAUACAGGAGAAGAAGGUUUAUUUCCAACCUGGAGUUUUUGCGAGUUUUGAAUUCGAGUAUAAAAUUUGGGUUUGGCCAACAAUCCAGAAAUGAGAUAAAAUAUGAGAAGAUGUAGUGUUUGCAGUUUGUUUAACAAUUAAUAUUAAUCCUAUCGGUAUAUUGUUUAUACAGUGUUACUUAAAUGUUUGUUUUUUACCAGUAAAUUAUUAAAUUAU